UUUACCCUCGCUCAACGUGUCUCUUCCCUUUCCUCUCUUGUCUACCCUCGACCCCGUGAUCACGCCCGAUCGAGUCUUCCUUUCCUUCACAGGCCUGCGCUCUGGCUCACAUCUAUCGCUUGGCGUCCCGGCCCCCCUCUUCCCAUCUCGCUUGCUUUCUAUCAUCACAAUCGCCCUGCGUCAGAGCUGGCAGAGCCGCUUGGGACGACAGACGGGACCGCCGCGGCGUUCGUUGAGUGCUUAGACGCCCAUCAGGCACACUCAUAGAGCUCGCUCGUCGAUACGCUGAGCGUAGAGGCAGUCUUCCGGACGUGACUACAACGACGGCAAAUCACAGCAACAGACCACGCAAGGAGGGACCGAAAGCGAGAGAAAAAUGGCGCCGGCAGCAUCAGCGGCGGCGGCGGCGGCGGCGGCGAGCGCGGACAGUGCACUUGCAGCAUACGUGCCUGGCACAAAAGCCUGGUUUCCCGACAAGGAUGCCGGCUGGGUCAGCGCAACGCUGGCGAAGCCAGUCUCGAGGUCGGCGUCGGGCGAGGUGGUCCUAAGCUUCACCAUGGACGAUGACGCUUCGCCCCGGGAGGUCAAGACAAACGUAUCCAAGAUUGAGGAGCAGAGCAAAAGGGGCCUCAUCAGCGGAGGAGGCGAGGAGCAGGCCGUGCUGCCACCCUUGCGAAAUCCGCCGCUGCUCGAGGCGACCGACGACCUGACGAACCUGAGUUACCUCAACGAGCCCGCGGUCCUCCACGCCAUCCUCAACCGGUACUCCCAGCGGCUCAUUUACACCUACUCGGGCAUCGUUCUCAUUGCCGUCAACCCCUUCUACCCAAUCAGCCUCUAUUCCCCAGAGAUCAUCCAGCAUUACUCCGGCAGGCGGAGGGGCGAGCUGGAGCCUCACCUGUUUGCAAUUGCCGAGGACGCAUAUAGAUGCAUGAUCCGCGAUGACAAGGACCAGACGAUUGUCGUCAGUGGAGAGAGCGGUGCCGGAAAGACAGUCUCUGCCAAGUACAUCAUGCGCUACUUUGCUACGGUAGAGGACCCAGACCGGCCAGGCAGCCGCAAGAAGACAGGCCAGGACUCGAGCGGGAUGAGCGUCACUGAGCAGCAGAUUCUCGCCACCAACCCCAUCCUGGAAGCAUUCGGCAAUGCCAAGACGACGAGGAACGACAAUUCGUCGCGCUUUGGAAAGUACAUUGAGAUUCUCUUUGACAAGGGCCACGAGAUUGUGGGCGCAAGGAUCCGGACCUACCUCUUGGAGAGAUCCAGGAUCGUGUUCCAGCCUGCCGACUCGGGCGAGCGCAACUUCCACAUCUUCUACCAGCUCUGCGCUGGCGCACCUCCGUCGGAGCGCAAGGACAUGGGCCUCUUGGAUGCGUCCCAGUUCGCCUACCUCAACCAGGGCGGCAAUCAGACGAUUGCCAACGUCGAUGACGCAGAAGAAUUCAAGGCAACGCAAAAGGCCAUGAGCACCGUGGGUGUCAAGAUCGAGCAGCAGUGGCACAUCUUCCGCCUCCUCGCCGCGCUCCUGCACCUGGGCAACGUCAAGAUUGGUGCGGCGAGGAACGAUGCCAUCAUCACAGACGAGGAGACGAACCUGUUUGUGGCCACAAACAUGCUGGGCAUCGAUUCGGGCGAAUUCCGAAAGUGGUGCCUCAAGCGGCAGAUCCAGAUGCGCGGCGAAAAGAUCAUCUCGAACCUGACGCAGGCCCAGGCCAUCGUCGUGAGGGAUGCCGUGACAAAGUACAUCUACUCGUCCCUCUUCGACUGGCUCAUCGAUGUCAUGAACGGCAGUCUGGCCCUGACGUCGGCCUCGUCGAGGCAGAACAUGAUUGGUGUCCUCGACAUCUAUGGGUUUGAGCACUUCAAGACCAACUCCUACGAGCAGUUCUGCAUCAAUUAUGCCAACGAACGCCUGCAGCACGAAUUCAACCGCCACGUCUUCAAGCUGGAGCAGGACGAGUACCUCCAGGAGCAGAUCAAGUGGACGUUCAUCGACUUUGCCGACAAUCAGCCAACGAUCGACAUGAUUGAAGGUCGCCUCGGUAUCCUCUCGCUCCUCGACGAAGAGUCUCGUCUCCCCUCGGGCUCCGACGCCAGCUUCCUCCAGAAGCUGUACACGCAGCUGGAGCGCAAGCCAGAGUUCAAGAACAGCUUCAAGCGGCCUCGAUUCGGCCAGAGCAGCUUUACCGUGUGCCACUAUGCGCUGGACGUUACCUAUGAAAGCGAAGGAUUCUUGGAGAAGAACAGGGACACAGUCCCCGACGAACACCUCACCCUGCUCAACAACACUUCCAACGGCUUCCUCCGCGAGGUUCUCGAGAGAGCCACCCGCCUUGCUCAAGAAGCAAAGGAUGGCAGCGGCGGUGGUGCCGGCAGCGGCGGCGGCCAAGACGAUGGCGCGGUGAAGAAGCCACCGCCAAGGAAGCUCGCCACGGGAGGCAUGAUCAAGAAGCCUACGUUGGGAUCGCAGUUCAAGGCCAGCCUGGUGUCGCUGAUGCAAACUAUUGAAUCGACCAACGUGCACUACAUCCGUUGCAUCAAGCCCAACGAGUCAAAGAAAGCCUGGGAAUGGGAGCCGCAGAACGUCCUUGGCCAGCUCCGCGCCUGUGGUGUCCUCGAGACGAUUCGGAUCAGCUGUGCAGGCUACCCUUCGCGCUGGACGUUUGCUGACUUUGCAGAGAGGUACUACAUGCUGGUUCACUCGUCCAAGUGGGAUAUGUCUUCGCUGGAAAAGGCAAAGGAGCUCGCCAUCUUUAUCCUCACACAAACGAUCAAGGACGAAGAUCAGUACCAGGUCGGCUUGACCAAGAUCUUUUUCCGCGCUGGUAUGCUGGCUCAAUUUGAGCAGCGCCGAACGGAUCGUCUCAACGCCCUCGUGACGCUGAUGCAAAAGAACCUGCGCCGCAACUACCACAAGCGACGGUACGCCAAGCUUCGGACAAACUCGGUGCGCGUCCAGUCGUGGUGGCGCAUGGUGUCGGCUCGCAACUUGGCCAAGACGAUGCGAAAGGAGCAGGCGGCGACCAAGAUCCAGGUUGCUACCCGAGGCUUCCUGGCUCGGAUCAGCUACCAGCGCACGAUGCGGGCCAUUGUCACGAUCCAGAGCCUCGCGCGUGGUCAGAAGAUCCGGUCGACAUUCGCAGGCGACAAGCAGGCCUUUGCUGCCACGAGGCUGCAGAGCCUUCUUCGCGGUGCUCUGGCCCGGAGGCAGUACCGCAAGGACCGCAAGGGCGUCAUCCACCUGCAGAGCUGCUACCGCCGGCGAAUGGCACGGAAGGAGCUCAAGGGCCUCAAGCUCGAGGCCAAGUCGGCGACGCACUACCGCGAGGUCACCUACAAGCUCGAGAACAAGGUCGUGGAGCUGACGCAGAACCUCCAGACGAGGACAAAGCAGAACAAGGAGCUAGCGUCGAGGGUCAGAAGCCUCGAGGCAUCCGUCAAGUCAUGGCAGGGCAAGCACGAGGAGAUCGAUUCCCGGUCCAAGGGACUCGAAGAGGAGCUCAGCAAGCCCUCGGUUCCCCAGGCCGAGUGGGACGCCCUCGUGGCAGCCAAGGCUCAGGUCGAUGCCGACUACGCGGCUUCCGUGCGCCGCAUUGCCGAGCACGAGACAAGGAUCAGCGAUCUGGAACGCGAGAUGCGCGAGCAGGCAGAGGAGCUCGAGGCCAGGGAUGCGGCCCUCAACGGCCACAGGAACGCUUCAGAGGAGGACGAAAAGGCGAUGGCUGCACUGCGCACAGAAGUGUCGAGCCUGCGCGAGCAGCUCAACCGGGCCAACGCUCUCAACACGCUCAGCAAGAAUUCGCAGCGCAUCGAAAAUGCCGCCCCGCCCACGUUCAACAUGGCUACGGGACGCGAAAACGGCGCAUCGGCGCCGCAAAAGGCGAGGCGCGGCCGGCGCCACUCCGAGGUGGGGCCAUGGGCAGAGGGAGGCCCGACAAGCGCUCGGGAUGCCACCGAGGAAGCCAUGUUUGCGGCAAAGAAGAGCGCCGCCAACGCCAAUCGCCACGUCUCGGUCGCUGUCUUUGACCAGAUCCCAGGUGCGGGCCACAUGGACCCGGCAGAAGACCUGGACGAAGACGAGCAGAGCGCAGAGGUUAUCCGAAUUCUCGAGAAUGAGGAGCAGCUCGACGAAGACGUGCUCAAUGGUCUGAUUCGCUACCUCAAGAUUCCGGCGCCCUCGACGACAAACCCACCGUCGCCCAAGGAGGUCCUCUUCCCUGCUCACCUCAUCUCGCUGUGCACCAACGAGUUCUGGAAGUACGGCAUGGUGCGCGAGUCGGAGCGCUUCCUGGCUAAUGUCAUGCAGACGAUCCAGCAGCACAUCAUGAGCUUCACCGGCGACGACGUCAUUGUGCCCGGCUUCUUUUGGCUCUCCAACGUCCACGAGAUCUUCUCCUUUGUCUGCAUUGCAGAGUCCGACAUGCUCCAGGGCAUAGGACCGGGCGUGGAUGGCUCGGCGGGCGAGAUGGUCUUUUCGGAAUACGAGCGGCUGGUGACGAUUGUCAAGCACGACCUGGAGUCGCUCAGCUACAACCUCUUCCACACCGCCAUCUCCGAGAUCAAGAAGCGGCUUCACAAGAUGGUCAUCCCCGCCCUUGUCGAGUCGCAGUCGCUGCCCGGGUUCGUCACGAGUGAAGGGGGCGGAGGCCGCCUCUUCAACCGUCUACUCUCGGGCGCCUCGCAGCCCGCCUAUACGAUGGACGACAUCCUGGGCAUCCUCAACCGCGUGUCAAAGGCGCUCAAGAGCUACUACGUCGAGCCAUCGGUGACGCAGCAGGUCAUCACGGAGCUCCUCAAGCUCAUCGGCACAACUGCCUUCAAUGACUUGCUCAUGCGGCGCAACUUCUGCUCGUGGAAGCGGGCGAUGCAGAUCCAGUACAACAUCAUGCGCAUCGACGAGUGGUGCAAGUCACACGACAUGCCCGAGGGCAUGCUCCAACUCGAGCACUUGAUGCAGGCCACCAAGCUGCUCCAGCUCAAGAAGGCGACGCUUGGCGACAUCGACAUCAUCUACGACGUCUGCUGGAUGCUGACUCCGACGCAGAUUCAGAAGCUCAUCAGCCACUACUAUUCGGCAGACUAUGAGAACCCCAUCUCGCCCGAGAUUUUGAAGGCAGUCGCCUCGCGUGUCGUUCCCAACGACCGCAACGAUCAUCUCCUCCUCCCCCCGGAGGUCGACGAGGCAGGACCGUUCGAAUCCCCGCUUCCCAGGCUCGUGACAGGCAUCGAAACAUACUGCCCCGCCUACAUUUCCGUACCGGCUCUUAGAAGGCUCGCGAGCUGCGUCGCUUAACCGGCCUCCCCUUCAUCAGUCUCCCAUGUAUAUUUAUCGGGAUCAACCUCUCCUCCCCCCUUUCUAUGAAUCUUUCGUUCC